GAGCCUGCAUGUGGGCUCCCUGCCAUGGGGCAAAGGGGCAAGGGAGGGACCAGUAGCUGUGAUGGGAGGGCUUGGCUAUAGCACAGUGUCUUUCAUUGGACAGGUCAACUUGAGCAGAGUGGAAUUCAGACUUAUCUUAAGGUAGCCCUGGGAGAAUGCCCCCUCCAGUGCUCAUUUACUCCUCAGAGGCAGGGCAGCGACCUUCCUCCUGCCACAGCUGAGGGGGCAGGCACACUGCGCAGGGCAGAGCUGUCCAGGGUCUCUGCGUAGUUAUGCUGGUGAGCAGGGCCAGCAAAUGCUUGAUUUCUGGGCUUCGUCAGCUUAUCUGUGGUCCUAACUGGAUGGGAAAGCACAGUGAGAAAGCCAGCGUGGCUGAUUCCUCAGGUCUGAGGAGAAAGGACAAGAGGUCUUGUUUCCAUGCCCUUCCUGGGCUCUAGGGCAUCUCAGGAAUGCUGGGGGCAGCAGGUCAUCCCUCAGGGAUCCACACCUGCCCUCCCUCCCAUGUGAUCGGGCCCUUCCAGCCUCCACGCUCCCCCUUCCCUGGCAAGGAGAAGGAGUUCUUCGUUAGGUGAGCUCUCAGGGGCUGUUGACCUAGGGCAGAGGGCUCCUGAUUUGGCAGAGAAGAGACAAGGGACAGCUCUGGGAUAUCUGAUAAAUAUUAAUAAAUAAAUCAGAAAGUCUGACACUAUGACAUGUGGUUGUUGGUUGUGGGGUAGACUGGGUUUCUUUAAUAAUGAAAGGCUUGUUGACUGCUGCAGAUUGUUUCUGUUUUCCUCCUUUCUCAUGGCUCCAUAGCAGUUCUGACCUGAUAGACAUCACUAUCUAGUGAGCCACGCAGGCUCCUACCGCUGCCCACCCUCACCUCCUGGUAUACUCCCUCAUAGCUGAGUCCCAAGAGCCCUCCAAGAAGUCUUUCCUCAGUGAACAGGACUCAAGACUUUCAGAAGGGGGCUUAUCAGGCCUGCUCGUUUCAGGGAGACAGCGGGAGAAUUUAGGGUCUCCCUGGUCUGGAGGUCAGGAGGGGUUCUGUCCUUGAAACCAAGGAGUUGGCUCCAGGGAUGCCCUGGGAGAGAAGUGAGGAGUGGCCCCUGGGAGGCUGGAUGGAAGGCUCCUCAAGCUGCCCCUGGGAGCGGGUGUGGCCAAGCACUACCUGGCCCAGCCAACCAGUCAAUAGCUCUGCUUAUAUUAACCUGUUCUCCACAGGAGGAGCCUUUUAACCCUGUUAGUCUGGGGUAUGGGCAGAGAGGGGCAGUGGGAAAGGACACAUUCACUGCUUUGUUUCCUCUACCAGGAUUAAGUCUGGACCAAACUCUUCCGUUCUCUAACCUUCCCUUUCUCCGCCCUGCCCUGCCCUGGACUCCUCCCCAGAGAGAAAAAGUCUCAGAGAGGACUCCCUCCUCCUUCUGGCACCCCUUAUAGAAGUCACCAGGCCUAUUCCUGUAUUGUUCUGGUUUCAAACCUUGCCCUUGUGAGGUAAAAUAACAGUGAUUAUUGUUGGGGUGUGUUUAUUGCAUGCUGGGCCCCCCAGGGUUGACACUUAUGUAUAUAUUAUUUCACUUAAUAUGCAAACCACUCUAUGAGGUACUACUAUUAACAUUCCCAUUGUUCAGAUCAGAAAACUGAGGCAGAGAGGGGAAGAGUUACUUGCCUCCUGUAAGUUAGAAGUGACAAAGUCAGGAACCUGGUCAGAGUCCUCUGACUAUGGAGCCGGACCCUGAACUACUCUUUUUCCAGUGCCUGUGGCUCCUCAGACUCUGAGUGCCCAGGCAUUGCCCCUCCCAACUCAGGUCCCCACCCAGGUUACCACCUUCUCUCUGCAGCAGGAAUCUCAACCUGGCCUGAACUAGGAGGUGGACUGUAGAGAGAUCCCCUCCAGGACUGGUGGUUGAAGAGGGAGAAACUUCCCCCUUCCUCCUGGGGAUGAUGGGCUCAGCUCCCGAUCAUCCCUCUGUGUUGCUCAGAUGUUGAAAUCCCCCCUAAAUUUGGAAAUUGACCAAGAAAGAAAGCACAUGCAUCCAUUUCAUCUGACUCAGAUGCUCUUAAGAAAGGGCCAUGUUGAUGACCCACAGUGGCAGUUGGGUUUUACAGGGCUCUGCAGCAAGAACUCUUGUUUACAAAGAUGGAUUCUGAGAAGUCCUGGUGCACAUGGGCUUAGGGCAGAGCUACUUUUAUAAGGACCUUGGGUCUUCAGUUGUCACUCCCCAGAGCCUAGGUCCAUUGCCGUCCCUCAGAUAUCUUUACCGUCAUAUAGAUUGGUCCAGGGGAGGAGAUACACCUUGAAGUGGCCCAGAUUCCUGUUGCCUAGGAAGCCACCAGGGUUCUGGUUCCUCGGGUGACAGAGUCCCCACCUGGUUCCAGGCUUGUCCUGUAGCGCCCCCUCCCGGAGGAAGGCAGCAUCACUUCCCAGACUUGUUUGCCAAAUCUCAGGAUCUUCCUUGGGUCAAAGUUUGUCCAAGCCAGUGAAAAUGCAGUUAGCUUUUCCUCCCUGUUACAGCAACCAGAGAACUUCCAAAGUACCUGUUGUUUUCCAAUCCCCAACCAAAACUAGGACUCAUACUAACUCAGACAAUGGCAGAGUCUCCUCACCUCCCUGUCUCUAGUCUUGCUGUUCCUUGCUCUGCUCAUCAUACUGCUGCCUAAGCAACCUCUCCAAAAUGUCAGACCAAGAUCUCUCCCUGCCUGCAUGCCUCCUCAUCACUCCCAGACUUACCUAACCUGGUCUUCUGAUGGGCAUGUCUCUGCUUCAGCCAUGCCAAGUGGUGCUUCUGCAUAGGGCUAACAUCUUUCCCACUAGUGAGGAUUUAUCCCUGGCAUAUCCUCUGCCUAGAAGGCCACCCAACUCUCUCCUUCAGGAGUCAGCUUCAGGAAUGCCUCUUCACUACUCCUCUAGUAAAGAGGCAGUCACCCCCACCACCUGUGGUCCCACAGCCUUAGUCCUCAGCUCUCCCAUGGCAUGUGUCUUCUUACGUCAGGCUGCCUCAGCAUUUCCCCCUUAGAGUGAGCUUCUAGGAGUGGUAGUGGUGUCUUGUUCCUUUCUGUGGCUGCUAUCACCCACCCUGCUUGGAUAAGUCAAGUAAUAGGCCCUGGGAAAUGUAGACAGGUUCCUUCUUCUAUGGUUAGUCAGUAUUUCCUACAUUACCUGUGAGAAGAUAAGAACAGAUCUUCCUUAUCUGUGCUGGCCUGGUCCACACCUCCAGCCCUGGAGGCCACACAGAGAAAGCAGAUGCUUGGUCUUCUUGGGUCAGGCCUUAGCCAGAGAGCCUCCAAGUCCAGAGAUAUAUAGGGCUCAGGAGAGGGCAGGGCCUCCCUGGGGCCCAGGAUGUGGUCUCAUGCACCCUAGCCUCUGCUUCCUGAGCCAUAAAGUGAGGAGGUCAAGUUCAGUUAUCUUGAAAAGCCCUCUAUGUCUGAAAAAUCCUAAAGAAUCUGUGCCCUUCCCUACGGACAACAUUCAGUCUUUGUGGUCCCUGUGGACAUUAUCUCCUAGGGCAGUCAAGUCACUACCCAGGGAAAAGUGAGGGCAAAAAGAAUAAAUGUCCUGACCCCAUGGCUUACCCUGUAGCAUCCAAGUGACCCCUAAUGGAGGGAGCAGCUUAGGUUGAUGCCCAUUUUCUUCCUGCUUCUUCCAUCUGGGCCUGCCCAACCCAUCCCUCCCUGGAUGUCCAGGCUGUCAUUCCAGGGGCUCCACAUGUAGUUCUGGACUUUAGAGGGCUGCAUCCUUGCAGAUCCUAACCACCUGUCCCUCUCUGUAGCUUCCUCAGCUCCCCACCUUGGUCUCCUUAUCUUGGUGCCUUUUAUGGGGGCCCUUUGCUAAGUGGAUGCAGUGCAAUGAUCCAUACCUUUGGGGAAUUCACAGUCUAGUCCUAAAGACAAGUUAUAUAACCCACAAUGACAGUAGCAUGUAGAUGCUAUAAUGCGGGCAACACUGAGUGCUGCCUGGUUUAGCAGGAUGCAAGGAGCCAUGAGUCUUCAAGGGUACAUGUAUACUAGCCAGCUGGAGAGUGAGGAAUAAAGUCAUUUUAAGCAAGGGAAGCCCCAUGUGCAGAGAGAUCAGGGACUUAACAGGAAGCCACUAAAAAGUUUUAAGGCAGCUGGGACAAGAGGAGUAGGGUGUUAGAGGGGGAGCAACAACAUCAGGGCUUCAGGUAUGUGUGAAGCAGUCUCACUGGGUGGAUCAGUGGGGCAAGGGACCACCAGCAGAGAGACUAGUGAGCGCUCACCUGGAGAUAAAAGUGUCCUAGGCGAGGGUGCUGAUUGUGGUGUCAGAGAUUCUCGGUCUGAAAUAGUAGAUUCACCUGCCUUGAUACCUGAUUAGCUGGUAGGAGUCAAUGAGCAAAGAACAGGAUGGGGUUUGGUAAGGGGGUUGGGGUGAUACCCAGGAUUUUGGCUUGGAACAACUGUUUAGGUGAGAUAUAGGAGGAAAAGCAGGUUUAAUCUGGGAUUCCCUGUGUUUAAAGUAUCUGAGGGACCUGCAGGAGAACCAAGAGGCUGCAGGAUAGGGGUUUUUCCAAAAUGGCCAGCACUGGCCCUCUCUUCCCAGAGAUCCCUGAGGGUGAGAUGCAGUAGUUAUCCAGUGAUUCAGCUACAAGGCUCCAGAGAGACCAUUUACCCCCAUCACCACCCCUUGCCUACCAGAAAAACGCACCGAUACCCCUGUCACUGGGGGUAUGGUCUGGUCCAGCUGUGGUCUGGUGAUAUUUGGAGAGCAUUCCAAAGCUGCCACUUUUGGGGGAGGGGGCAAACGGACUCUGCCAUCUCAGAGUAUCCCAAAUGUUGGUCCCCUCAAGGUCAGGCCAAUGCAGACCCCUUCCCUGGGAGACAGGGAGCAAGGCCAAGCUCCUGCUUCCCAUGACCUGACAGUCCCUUUCCUUUCUCUGCCCCAAGUUCCUCCUUACCACCUCCCUCUCCAUCCCCACUGUUAUCUUGUCUGACUUUCAGAUUUCAUCUGAGGAGGCUUUAGGUGCACAGAACCAAGCCCCACCUCUGCAGAUUCUGAUUCAGUUAGGUCUGGGGUAGUGCUAAGGAAUCUCUAUUUUUGUCGAGGUCCUGGGCUAUCCACUUGACUGCAGUGGGGAAUCCUCCUCCCUCUUCCCAGCCUCUCCCUCUUCAGGCAUCUUUUAUUAGGGGAAUCACAGUCUGAGCAAAGGAAGAACAUUUAUUUUCCCAAGUUGGGUAGGGGCCAGAUCCCCCCCUCCCCUUGAGGGCCUAGGCCCAUAGGCUGCUUCGCUGGUUCAGGACUGGCAGGAGGGGAGCUACUAGUGGGGCAGGACAGUCACUUGUACUGAGGAGAGAGUGGGGGUACUAGUGGGGCAGUGCAGACACUUAGCAUCUUGUUGAUGUCCACCUGAGUUGACUUAUCCACCUCAGCCUUGAGGGGACCGCUGACCCCCAAGCUGGGCAAACCCCCAGGCUCCUCUCCAGUGUCCUCUCCCAGGGAAACCAGAGCGUGGGUGUGGGGCACAAACAUGUUGGGGCAGGGCAAAGUGAGUCCUGAGCCCAGCUCACCUGCCAUGGGCAGCAAGGCCUGCAGCUGCUCCACACCUGCCUCUUCGGGGACCAGGGUCAGCUCCGACUCAGGCUCCACCUCAGCCUCAGCCUCCCUGUCCCCCUCCCCUGCCUGGUUCAGCUCAGGGUUGCAAUAGUUGAUGUACUGGUACAGAGGCCGCAGGCGCUGGGCCUUUCCUGCAAGGACCCAGGGCAGGGCAGGGGCUAGAGCGCCAAGCUGUGUCAUGUCAGGGGUCCAGCGGGCAAGGGAAAAAGGGAAGGCAGGGACUUCCACUCACGCUCCAGCCCCAAGAUCUCUGAAGGUGCAGGUACCGUGCUGGCCACCACUGGGAGCACUGGGGUCCCCAGACUCUUGCGCUUCUUGGCUUUUUUAUGCUGUUUGGCAGAUGGUGAGGGCUCACUCUGGCUACUCUCUAGCUCCUCCCUCUGCAGUGGCAGCUCAGCUUCAGCCCUAGGAUGGGCUUGGUGAGUAGGCCCUAGGAGACUGGGGAACAGGAGGCCUGAGGAGCCAGCCUCUGGCCUUGACUCCUGUGUCCUGAGCCUGUGGAAUAGCCCUACCUACCUACCACCCCAGGCCCAGAUUCUUGUCCCUUUUCUUGGUCAGGGAGGCCCCAGGCUGGACAGGGGCCAAGAGCUCAUGUGAGCUUAGUCCCCUACAAGGGCUUGAGACUCCCUCUCUGUAUGCUCCCUACAUCAGGGCUCUUGUGUAACAGAAGAGGUCAGGAGUAAUGAUGGUGAGAGGGGAUAAGGAUGCACACUGCAAGAAUGCAGGAUUUAGGACUCCUAAUAAGGUGUGAGCCACCCCUACUCCAACCCCAAGCCCUGCAGCUCUUUCCCUCUGAAAGCCCCCUCACUUGACUGGCUUCCUCUUCGGACCAUGACUGGGCCUCACAAUGGAGGCCAUAGGCCUGAGGCCUCUCUCCUCUAGUGCCUCCACCUCUGGCUUGAGCCUCUCUUCCUCCAGUUUGUGUUUUUCUUCCUGAAGCUUUGGCUCUGAGACUUGGCCUGAUGGACACUUGUCUUCACCCUGGGUUUGGCAGGCCUCAUGGGCUGGCACCAGGCACUGGUCUCCCAUCACUGAACACUAGAAGUGACACAUAGGUAACUGGUCACCAUGGCCAGGCAAAGGAAACAGGAACCAGUCAUUAGACACUGGAUAUUAGACACCAAAUAUGGAUGAAGGGCAACAGCCCAUGCCCUUCCCGGCCUGUGAAGCCUGUCCUAGCAGUUAGGAGGUCUUUGCACAGAAUUUGGCCUUCUAAAGCUCUGUGGCCAAGUGUUUGAAGGCUAGAUAGUCUCAUGGUCACCUUGGAGAUCUGAGCAUGGCCACCAGGCAGCUCUGUGAGCUAUGCAGGCCAGACAGCCAUCCUCUCUUGGGCCCCUAGCCGCCUCUCAGCCCCUGCUGAGGCUAUGGCAGCGGGCUGUCAGUUCGUCCUCGACGGUUGCUUGGGAGAAGUGGGGUUGGGAUAGAGAGCGGGCCCUGAGGGGUCGAACUGGUCGACCCCGAGCUGACCGCAGCUACAGGCCAGGGUGGGAAGGGAAACUGGCAGCCGCUCUGUCCCCACCCUCAGCUGAAACUACAAGCCCCAGAAGGCUUUGCGCCGGGGGCUUUGGCCCCUUACCUCAGGGACGGAAACCACUGUUACCUGGCAACAGCAAACCAGUCGGGUGGCAGCAGCGGGAGGCAAAACUGCUCGGGGCGACAACGAAGGCAUGUGCGAGGGUCCGUCCCGUAUCUCGGGGCCCAUCCCCCCAGACCCUACGCUUUGUCCUGACUACUACCGGCGGCCCUCCUCGGCCCAAGGGCGCCUUGAGGCAAACGCGCCGAAGUUGGACCUGCUGACCUCGGAACAGGACCUAGACUCCACACCUCCCCGCGACCCCCGCAUCGGUCCGGGAGCCCGAGAAAUCCUGGAGCGUGGCCGGCACGGCGUAGUGGGCGUGCUGCUGCAGCUCGAGGGUAUCUCCCUAGGCCCAGGGGCCUCUCCCAAGAGGAAGGACCCUAAAGACCAUGAGAAGGAGAACCUGAGGCGGAUCAGGGAGAUCCAGAGGCGCUUCCAUGAGCAGGAGCGUGGCCAGGGUCAGGGCCAGACCAGGCCUCUGAAGGCUCUGUGGCGCUCCCCCAAGUACGACAAAGUGGAGUCCCGUGUCAAGGCCCAACUGCAGGAGCCCGGCCCUACUUCUGGGACAGAGCCUGCUCACUUCCUACGGGCACAUUCCCGCUGUGGCCCUGGGCUCCCACCACCUCGUGUCCCCAGUCCUCAGCUAACCCCACCAGGUCCCAGUGCUAAGGGGCCAGGCUCGGGUGUGGAUUUCAUUACCCACAAUGCCCGCACUGCCAAGAGGGCCCCCCGGCGGCAUUCUCGCUCGCUGCAAGUCCUGGCACAGGUGCUGGAGCAGCAACGACAAGCCCAGGAGCACUACAAUGCCACACAGAAGGGUCAUGUGCCCCAUUACUUGUUGGAGCGCAGGGAUGUGUGGCGGCGGCAGGCUGAGGCUCGUCAGAGUAGUCAGCCAGACCCAGCCAUGCCCCCUGGCCACACUUGCAUGCCUGAGAACCAGCGGUUGGAGACACUGAGCAGUCUGCUCCAGAGCCAGAGCCAACUGCUUCGAGAGCUGGUGCUGCUGCCUGCUGGGGCAGAUUCACUGAGGGCCCAGAGCCACCGUGCUGAGCUGGACCAGAAGCUGGUACAGGUAGAGGAGGCCAUCAAGAUCUUUUCCUGCCCCAAGGUCUUUGUGAAGAUGGAUGCCUGAGCCCUUUUAUAGGGGUAGUGAUGGGGUCUCCCUGAGGAUCGCCACAUGGUUGCAAAGGGCAGGAUUGGGCCCCAUUGUAGAGUGGAGUUCGAAGACAGGAGCAGUGGGGUGGGUAGUAUCCCCAGAGCACUCUUCCCAGCCACUGGUGGCUGUGGAAGGGUCAUCCCAGCCUCCUAAACCCUUUGUCAAAAUUAAACCUUUUGUACACAG